AUGCAUUUGCAUGACUUGAAAUACUGGAUAGCUCUCAUAGUCUUAAUAGCGAGCGUCGUCCAUAUAUCUUGCUUAGUAAAUAGUUCAGCCAGUUUUUAUCUGAACGAGGUGGCAGAUUUCGACGACAUAGUCGAGCUAGAUAACGAAAAGGAGAAAGUCAACUUUGAGGAACUAUCUGCGAAAAAUCCGGACUUCGAGGCACCCGAAGAGGAAGGGCCUGACCCUCUCAAAAUUAAUCUAAUUGAAGCGCCAUCGAGAGUGAAAACGGAUGUUCGCGGAGUCCAAAAUAAACUAUUGAACUCUCCUUAUUUGGGUCCAUCAACUCAUCAUAGUGCGGAACAUUAUAAAAAUAGUUUAGGACAAUUUCCACAGCCUAAAGGGAAAUUGAAUAUUUUCGAGUCACCACUGAUAUAUGAGGUACAAGAUGACAAUCCUCAACAAGGUUAUUUCUUGGUGAAACAAAGGAAAUCAGACGAUCAACCAAAAUAUAAGAAAUCAGGAAAAGGUAUUCAUGAGGGUGGUGGUGAGCAAAAUCUCCACCACAACAUGGGAAAUGUUUUGGAAACAGAGUCUCAACAACCUGAAAAUUGUGUGGAAGAAAAGUUGGACCAAAAAUCCAAAACAAAAUUGAUCGCAUCAGAUCCUGGUCUUGAUAUGAAGAAACCUGAUACUUUUUGCAAUCAGCUUUUCGAAAUUUUCCAUAAAAUUCCACAAAUUGUGAAACAGUUAGCAGACAGUACAGAUCCACAAACACGAAACACCAACUGGAAAUCUAUAAAAUGCAUAAUUCGCCAGCAAAAUCCCAAUUUUGCAAGAUCUGGUAUUUUGGAUAGACCUGAAAGCAAGAACUGCUUUCAAAAAUUCAUACGAAGGAGGAAACGACACUCAACAUAUAUCAACUUUAGAAAUCGAAAGAAAAAAUUUAACAAUAAUCUGGCCAAAAGAAAUGCUCCUGAUGAUUCUCGAUUCAAGAAUAUAAUCGAUUUUAUUAUUAAGAAUAAAUCAUUCCGUAGUAAUUAUACAUAUGUACCAGUACUUUUUGCAACCGUGAAGAGUGUUGAUUUGAAUCAAUUGGAAACGUCAGAAAUAUCUCCAGUAACUGAUGGGUCGUCAACAGAAAACUUAUCCCUUCAAACAUCAUCAUCUUCAGCAAGCAAAUCAACGAAUAUGUCAUCAACGAACUCUCUAUUGAUGUCAUCAAACAACACGAUAUCUGGAAUAACUACAGUUAAAACUGACAAUACCGAAUCAAUGAAACCAACAAUAUCUGAAGGAAGCACUUCCACUAUUAUUCAUUCCGAUAGUUCUGCUGGGGGAAGUGCAACUGCUACUUUCACAUUAGUACCUGCAAUGAAGGAAGCAAAAAACCUGACAGAAGAACUAAGUUUUCGAAUUCCAAGGUUACGAGAAAGUUUUCAAGAUAUCAUGGAUCUGAUGAAGGAUGAACCUAUUGCAAAAAGGAUGAAGAAAGAAAUUUCUGACUCAGCAAGCACCACUAAUGUAGCUGAAGGCAAUUCUAUAGGGUCUACUAGAAAAAAUGAUACAACCCCAUCAAGUCCACCUAGUAACUCAACCGUUCCAAUAACCACAACUGUUAUUUCUACAGUGAACCCAGAAAGUAUCAAUCCUUCAAUCUCAUCUACUGAACAUGUGCCAUUCCCGAGUGAAAGUCAUUUCAACUUCACUAUCAGUGACAAAAGCUCUACUAAGAUAAUUGAUAAAUUAGAAUUGAAACUACCCUUCUCUGGAACGGAUAUGAAAACCAUGAUAGCAAAUGGUUCAGUGUGUGCUACCAAACUAUCUAAUGUAACUUCUUCAUUUCCAAUCGAUGGGAAUGUUAUACCAGGGGUACUGAUAUAUCCGAUCAAUUCCGAAACUCUCAAUAAUAAGAGCAAGAGAGGAAUCCAAGAGGAAGAAGAAUAUUCUGCAGAAAACAAAUUGGGAGGAGAAUAUUCAGCAGAAAAUAAUCUGGGUAUCAAUUAUUACUUCACAAUAGACGAACCGAAUUUGAAUGCGAAUAAAAAAUACAUUGAUUUCAAUCCUCUACCAAAACUGAAGAAGGAUGUAUUGAAUGAUUGCCAGAAUGAAACAGAAGAAAUGUUGAAUGUACUUAAGAGCUUGAAUAUGAAAGUACCAGAUGAAAUUGAGAAUAGCAAAGAUAAAUUUGGUCCUGAUUUGACAAAUUCUACAUCCAAUAUCGUACCAAAUACAACAGAAACUGCUAGUAUUACUGAACUUUCUACAGAAACUACAAAUGUUAUGGAUUUCAACUCAUUGUCUGGUAUAAACAUCAGCAGUUUAAUGGAAACAAAUCCAAUUCCAAAUGUCAUCAAACCUGUUGCUAAUAUUAAUAAAAUGAAAUUGUUCAAUUCAUCCAACGUUGAAACAACAAUAGACAUCGAUGCAUGGUGUGCCACAUCAAUUGGAGCAGCGAACGAAAUCAUACCUUCCAUAACCAUUCCAUCCAGAUCUGCAAAAACAACAACUCCUUCAAGCACUGAUACGUUUUCUACAAUAAUUUCUUCCGAAACUCCUGAAAUAUCGACAAAAUCUGAAACAUCG